AUGAACGUAACUGAAAAUCUCACCGACUGUUCACUUGGCUUCUCAGAUUAUGGCAGAUGUUCAGACUGCAAAACUGAACUAGAGAAUGAUGAGGAUGGAUACAAGUUAAUUCUCAGUAACAAAUGCAUGUACAACCAGGAAACCAGACUGGCUACUUUCCGCAUCUGCAGAAUGGCAUCCAUGCCAUCCCAUGUCUGCAGCGCCAUAGGUGAAACCUCGAAUAAACUCAUUAUUAAUACCCACUUGGAUGAAUGGAGGCGUGUGACCCAUGAAAACUCAGGGGAAAAGGCCAAGUUGACUCAUGAAAACUCAGGGGGAAAGGCCGAGUUGAAGCUUAACAUUGAUCCUGCCUGGGAGAACAGUAAUGGCGUCACCAGUGCAGACAUGGCAAUAUGGGCCAUGAACAAUCUCAUCUCCUGGCUGGAAAAGAUGGGGGACGCCAAAACAGCAGCCAUUUCCGUGGGCGCCAUCAGAGGAAUGCUGAUGAAGCUGCCACCGAAAAAUCCGAAAGACAUCAUUUUUGCCUUUUCACCAAAUACCGAAUUGAGCGAUGAGAUGGGCCUGAUCUUUAACAGGGAGGUAUUGGGAAUUGAGAUGGGGAACAACAUAUCCAAUCUCUCAGAUACCGUAGACAUUCAUUACAGAGACGUCGACAAGGUAAAAAAAAACGGGAACUGUCAGUCAUGGUAG